GGACCGUUUUGACUGCUGCGCUCGCUUGGCUCUUCGGCGUUUUUUUGUUAGCAUCCGAGCUAUCCUUAUGAGAAGCGACACCUAGUCCAUUAAUGUGACUUUGCAACAAAAGGAGGCGCUUUCCGCUGCACACAUGGCGCUAACUAUGGAAACGCAGCUCCAGAGCAUCUUUGAGGAUGUUGUGAAAACGGAGAUGGUGGAGGAGGCCUUUGCUGGGAUGUGCAUGGACAGUCCAGAGGAUGAGAGGACAAAGUUGGUCAGUUGUCUUGGAGCCUUCCGACAAUAUUGGGGAACUCUGCCUCAGGCAUCUCAUGAGCAGUGUGUGCAGUGGAUCGUGCGAUUCACACACAGCCAGCACAGUCCCAAAAGAAUCUCCUUCCUUUACGACUGUCUGGCCAUGGCUGUCGAGACUAAUCUCUUGCCACCAAGGAUGGUUUGCGCUGCUCUGAUCAGUUCGGACAACUUGGAGUGGGAAAGGACUCAACUGUGGGCCCUGACCUUUGGACUCAUCCGGAAGAUCAUCGGAGGGGUGGACUACAAGGUUUCGAAUGGCGUUCGAGACCUGCUGAAGGCCGUGCUGGAUAAAAUCCAGACCAUUCCCAUCACUGUCAGCUCGGCCAUUGUGCGGCAGCUGCUGACAGCCAGAGAGGUGGUGGAGUACAUCUUGGACAGGAACGCCUGCCUCCUGCCUGCCUACUUUGCCAUCACAGAGAUCCGAAAACUGUAUCCAGAGGGGCAACUGUCGCACUGGCUCCUCGGCAGCUUGAUAUCAGACUUUGUGGACAGUUUUCGACCCACUGCCAGAAUCAACUCCAUCUGCGGUCGCUGUAGCCUGUUGCCAGUGGUGAAUAACAGUGGCGCCAUUUGCAACUCCUGGAAGCUGGACCCCACCACGCUCCGCUUCCCACUCAAAGGCAUGCUGCCCUUCGAUAAGGACCUGUUUGAGCCGCAGACAGGUCUGCUGCGCUAUGUGCUGGAGCAGCCUUACUCAAGAGAGAUGGUGUGCAACAUGUUGGGACUCAGCAAGCAGACUCUGAACAUUGCUCAGCAAAAGCAACGCUGUCCCGUGUUGGAGGAGCAGCUGGUGGACCUGGUGGUGUACGCCAUGGAGCGCUCUGAGACCGAGGAGCACUUUGACGCCGACGUGGGCGGCACCAGCCAGCUGCUGUGGCAGCACCUCUCGUCGCAGCUCAUCUUCUUCGUCCUGUUCCAGUUCGCCAGCUUCCCGCACAUGGUGCUCUCUCUGCACCAGAAGCUCGCAGGAAGGGGUCUGAUCAAAGGGAGGGACCACCUGAUGUGGGUCCUGCUGCAGUUCAUAUCGGGAAGCAUCCAGAAGAACGCCUUGGGCGACUUCCUUCCUGUCAUGAAGCUCUUUGACCUGCUGUAUCCCGAAAAAGAGUGCAUUCCCGUUCCGGACAUUAACAAGCCGCAGUCCACCCACGCCUUCGCCAUGACCUGCAUCUGGAUCCACCUCAACCGCAAGGCUCAAGGCGACUCCAACCUGCAAAUUCCGAUCCCGCACUCUCUCAAACUGCACCACGAGUUCCUCCAGCAGUCAUUGUGCAACAAAUCUCUGGGCAUGUCCGACUACAAGAUCGCCCUGCUGUGCAACGCCUACAGCACCAACUCGGACUGCUUCGGCGUGCCAAUGGGCGUCCUGGUCGAGACCAUUUACGGCACGCAGUCCAUGAGGAUCAACCUGCCGGGCACCAACUGCAUGGCGCUGGGCUCCUUCACGCCGUUGCCCAUGAAUCUGCUGGACUCGGUCACGGUGCACGCCAAGAUGAGUCUCAUCCACAGCAUCGCCACGCGUGUCAUCAAGCUGGCGCACGCCAAAUCCAGCCUUGCCUUGGCGCCCGCCUUGGUGGAGACGUACAGCAGACUCUUGGUCUACAUGGAGAUUGAGUCGUUGGGCAUCAAAGGCUUCAUCAGCCAGCUGCUGCCCAACGUGUUCAAGUCUCACGCGUGGGGAAUCCUCCACACUCUGCUGGAGAUGUUCAGCUACCGCAUGCACCACAUCCAGCCACACUACCGCGUCCAGUUGCUCAGCCACCUGCACAGUCUGGCCGCCGUGCCGCAGACCAACCAGAACCAGCUGCAUCUCUGUGUGGAGAGCACGGCCUUGCGCUUAAUCACGGCGCUGGGCAGCUCGGAGGUGCAGCCGCAGUUCACCCGCUUCCUCAACGACCCCAAGACGGUUCUGUCGGUGGAAUCGGAGGAGUUGAAUCGAGCGCUCAUCCUCACCCUGGCCAGAGCCACGCACGUCACCGAUUUCUUCACAGGCUCGGACUCCAUCCACGGCACGUGGUGUAAAGACAUCCUCCAGACCAUCAUGAACUUCACCCCUCACAACUGGGCCGCGCACACCCUGUCCUGCUUCCCGGCGCCACUGCAGGCCUUCUUCAAACAGAACAACGUCCCUCAGGAGCCGCGCUUCAACCUGAAGAAGAACGUGGAGGAGGAGUACCGCAAGUGGAAGUCCAUGACCAACGAGGAGGACAUCAUCACGCACUUCUCCAUGCAGGGCUCGCCGCCGUUCUUCCUCUGCCUGUUGUGGAAAAUGUUGCUGGAGACCGACCACAUCAACCAGAUUGGCUACAACGUGCUGGAGCGAAUCGGGGCUCGCGCGCUAGUGGCCCACAUGCGCACGUUCGCCGACUUCCUGGUCUACGAGUUCUCCACGUCGCCCGGUGGCCCCCAGCUCAACAAGUGCAUCGAGAUCCUCAACGACAUGGUGUGGAAAUACAACAUCGUCACAUUGGAUCGAGUCAUCCUGUGUCUGGCGAUGCGUAGCCACGAGCGCAACGAGGCCCAGGUGUGCUACUUCAUCAUCCAGCUGCUGCUGCUCAAGUCGGACGACUUCCGCAACAGGGUCAACGACUUUGUCAAGGAGAACGCGCCCGAGCACUGGCUGCAAAGCGACUGGCACAACAAGCACAUGAGCUACCACAAGAAAUACCCGGAGAAGCUUUACUUCGAGGGCGUGGCCGAGCAGCUCAACCCGCCCAUGCAGGUGCAGCACCAGUACAUGCCCAUCUACUUUGGCAACGUGUGCCUGCGCUUCCUGCCCGUCUUCGACAUCGUCAUCCACCGCUUCCUGGAGCUCAUCCCCGUCUCCAAGUCGCUGGAGACUCUGCUGGACCACCUGGGCGGCCUCUACAAGUUCCACGACCGGCCGGUGACUUACCUGUACAACACCUUGCACUACUACGAGCGCCACCUGAGGGACAGAACCAGCCUGAAGAGGAAGCUGGUCCACGCCAUCAUGUUGUCACUCAAGGACAACCGGACUCCUGGCUGGUGCCUGAGUGAGACCUACCUGAAGUUCGGCAUGAACCAAAGAGACGACACCAUUUGGACGCCCGACGACACCUACUACUGCAAGCUGAUUGGACGCCUGGUGGACACCAUGGCGGGCAAGUCGCCCGGCCCGUUCCCCAAUUGCGACUGGAGGUUCAACGAGUUCCCCAACCCGGCGGCUCACGCCCUGCACGUCACCUGCGUGGAGCUGAUGGCUCUCGCCGUGCCCGGCAAGGACGUGGGCAACGCUCUCCUCAAUGUCGUCCUCAAGAGUCAACCUCUGGUCCCCCGCGAGAACAUCACGGCCUGGAUGAACGCCAUCGGCCUCGUCAUCACCGCGUUGCCUGAGCCGUACUGGAUUGUGCUGCACGAUCGCAUUGUGACGGUGAUGGGCUCGCCGGCGCUGACGUCGGAGACGGCGUGGCCUCGGGACCCCUUCGCCCUGCUCGACUUCACCGCGUGCCACCAGAGCUACAGCGAGAUCAGCUGUAGCUACGUGCUGGCGCUGGCGCAUGCUGUCUGGCACCACUCGUCCAUCGGACAACUUUCGCUCAUUCCCAAGUUCCUCUCAGAGACGUUGAAGCCGGUGGUUCAGACAGAGUUCCAGCUGCUGUAUGUUUAUCACCUGGUUGGACCUUUCUUGCAACGCUUCCAACAGGAGAGGACAAGAUGCAUGUUGGAGAUCGGCGUGGCCUUCUACGAGAUGCUGCAGGUGGUGGACCAACACUGCCAACAUCUCAACUACAUGGACCCGAUCUGCGACUUCCUCUAUCACAUAAAGUACAUGUACACGGGUGACAGCGUCAAGGAGCAGGUGGAGAAAAUCAUCGUCACCCUUCGGCCGGCCAUGAAGCUCCGCCUUCGCUUCAUCACUCACAGCAGCAAGACCGACACGUCGUCUUCGGCCUCGUCGUCGUCCUCAUCGGCGGCAGCCGUCUCCGUCGUGCCCGCAGCCAUCACCUCCACGCCUCAGCCUUUAUCCUCCUCCACCUCCUCGAUGGUGUCCGCUGGCGCCGCGGCCUCGCCCUCCUCGCAGCACGCACACCCCCCCAUGUAGCCCCUUCACUCAUCAUGUGCGGACUUGACGGGGGAAAAAAAGGAAAACAGACACACGGUAAAAGACAAAUACAGACUCUUGCAAUCCAGCAAACAAAUCAAGUAAGUGCUGUUUAUUUUUUUAGCAUCACGAUAGAUCGUAUUUUGUAUUUGCUUUUUAUAUCAUGUUAUUAUAUCGAUACAAUAAAAUGGAUUCCUGCUGUGUCACGA